AUGACAUCCAUCAUCAAAUUACGAGUGUUUUCGGGGGCGAAAGACGAGGGUCCUCUGUGCUAUCUGCUGCAGGUGGAUAACGACUACAUUCUGUUGGAUUGUGGAUGGGAUGAGCGGUUUGAGUUGAAGUAUUUCGAAGAUUUGAAGCCUUUUAUUCCGAAAAUCAGUGCAGUGCUAAUCUCCCAUCCCGACCCUCUACAUCUAGGUGGCUUGCCGUAUUUAGUUGCAAAAUGUGGUUUGACAGCUCCAGUUUAUGCAACAGUCCCUGUGUACAAAAUGGGUCAAAUGUUCAUCUACGAUAUGGUAUACAGUCAUUUAGAUGUGGAAGAAUUUGAACAUUAUACACUUGAUGACGUGGAUAUGGCAUUCGAGAAGGUGGAACAAGUGAAAUAUAAUCAAACAGUUGUUCUCAAAGGAGAUUCUGGAGUUCACUUCACGGCGAUGCCCGCUGGACACAUGAUUGGUGGAUCUAUCUGGAGAAUUUGUCGAGUUACUGGAGAGGAUAUUAUCUAUUGUGUCGAUUUCAAUCAUAAGAAAGAUAGACAUUUGAAUGGAUGCUCUUUUGAUAAUUUCAACCGCCCACAUCUCCUCAUCACCGGCGCCCAUCACAUAUCUCUUCCCCAAAUGAAACGAAUGGAUCGAGAUCAACAACUGGUGACAAAGAUUUUGAGAACAGUUAGACAGAAAGGAGAUUGUAUGAUUGUGAUCGAUACGGCUGGAAGAGUGCUGGAAUUGGCAUAUUUGUUGGAUCAGCUGUGGGGAAAUGCCGACGCUGGACUCUCCACAUACAAUCUCGUCAUGAUGUCUCACGUAGCCUCCUCUGUCGUCCAAUUCGCAAAAUCUCAAUUAGAAUGGAUGAAUGAGAAACUGUUCAAAUACGAUUCCAACUCUGCCCGCUACAAUCCAUUCACUCUGAAACACAUUACUCUAUGCCAUUCUCAUCAAGAACUGAUGAGAGUUAGAUCUCCAAAAGUCGUGUUAUGCAGCAGUCAGGAUAUGGAAUCCGGAUUCUCUCGAGAGCUCUUUCUCGAUUGGUGCUCUGAUUCUAGGAAUGGAGUCAUUUUGACUGCGAGACCGUCUUCUUUCACGCUGGCAGCAAAACUCGUGAAUCUGGCUGAGCGAGCGAACGAUGGAGUGUUGAGAAAUGAGGAUAGAUUGAUUAGUUUAUCGGUGAAAAAGAGGGUUCCAUUAGAAGGGGAAGAGCUUCUCGAGUAUAAACGGAGGAAGGCUGAAAGAGAUGCAGAGGAGACGAGGAUUCGAAUGGAGAGGGCAAGACGACAGGCACAGGCGAAUGAAUCAGAUGACAGUGACGAUGAUGAUAUGGCGGCGCCGAUCAAUGUGACGAGACACUCCGAGAAGGAUUAUCGAUCGUUUGAUGGGAUUGAGAGUGAUAAUACGCACUGUUUUGAUAUUAUGUCGAAAUGGGAUAAUCAGCAGAAAGCCUCAUUCUUCAAAUCGACGAAAAAAUCGUUCCCAAUGUAUCCAUAUAUCGAGGAGAAAGUGAAAUGGGAUGAUUACGGAGAAGUGAUUAAACCAGAGGAUUAUACAGUAAUCUCGAAGAUCGAUCUGAGAAAAGGAGGGAAUAAAGACGAGCCAGUGGUGGUGAAGAAGCGAGAAGAGGAGGAGGAAGUGUACAAUCCAAAUGAUCACGUUGAGGAGAUGCCGACGAAAUGUGUGGAAUUUAAGAAUCGGAUAGAAAUCUCGUGUCGUGUGGAAUUCAUUGAAUACGAGGGAAUAUCAGACGGAGAGUCGACGAAAAAGAUGUUAGCCGGGUUACAUCCACGACAGAUUAUCAUUGUUCACGGGUCUCGAGACGAUACUCGCGAUCUUUAUGCCUAUUUUUGUGAUAACGGAUUCGCGGCGGAUAUGAUGAAGACACCGGUGGCAGGUGAUCUCAUUGAUGCCUCCGUUGAAUCGUUUAUCUAUCAAGUUGCACUUAGUGACGCUCUUUUGGCUGAAAUUCAUUUCAAGGAAGUGUCAGAGGGCAAUAGUUUGGCGUGGAUGGAUGCAAGAGUAAUGGAGAAAGAAGCGAUUGACAAUAUACUUGUGGCGGGAACGUCGCAAUUGAUGAUUGAGGAUGGAGUGGAAGUGGUUGAGGAAGAAGACAUUUCGGAUGAGGAACAUGGAUUCGAGAUUGUCGAGAAUGAGGAGGAGCUUAUGGAGACGGAUCAAAACAAGUCCGCACCAGAAGGCGCUAACACCGAAGCUGACGAAAGUCUUGAAAAUGCAGAAAACGCGAGAAAAGCAAACGAAGCGGCUGCCAAACCACGUGGAAAUCUCAUCCUCGAACCACUGCCCAAAAAGCUGAUUCCUAUUCAUCAGGCAAUCUUCGUAAACGACCCGAAACUCUCCGAUUUCAAAAACUUGUUGGUCGAGAAAGGGUACAAGGCAGAAUUUCUCAGCGGAACUCUUCUUAUCAAUGGAGGAAAGUGUUCGAUUCGUCGUGGUGAGAUGGGAUUCUCUAUGGAGGGAGCGCUAUCGAAGGACUACUACAAACUUCGAAAUCUGUUCUACGAUCAAUUCGCUAUUCUAUAA